UUUGGCGAUAGCAUUGAAUCGGGUAACAGUAUUGUUCGUACUGAUAAAUAAUUUGGCAUUCAUUUUGAAAUUUUUAAAAGAAAUUUAAUGCGCGUUUUAAGCCAAUCAUAAAUUAGUUUACUAAUCUAAAAUAGCAGUAAUUGUUAUUUAUAUUAUGUACACGUAUACGUACAUACAUAUAUAUAUGAUGUACGAAUCAAUGCUCGUCACAUACGUUGAAUGAUCUAAUUAUAUUUUAUACGCAAUCAGAUCACGUGUGAAAAUUGUAAAAUUUUGUGAGUGUGAAUAUUAUCAAAAUUUAAAUCUACAUACUACCUACUAUGGAUUGGCACGGAACAAGUGUUGUGUAAUUAGCAUUACUCAAAAAAGUAAUUGUAAAUAGUGGAAGAUUGUAAAUAGUAUACAAAUAAAAGCGUCUCAUAUCAAUGGUGUGAAUGUUUGGCUAACGAAGCUAGCUAAACUAGAAACAACUUUCAUUUUAACUAAAACACUAAGAUACAAACAUAAUUGGAACAAUGGAUUUAUCAACAAUGCUCUACGUAUAUUUACUAGUAAUGUGUACGUACGCAACAACGGAGAGUAAACCGAAACCUGGACGUGGAAGAGGAUCCAUGUGGUGGGGAAUAGCUAAAGUGGGGGAACCAAACAAUAUAUCACCACUUAGUUCUGGUAUUAUGUACAUGGAUCCAGCUAUACAUUCCACACUACGAAGAAAACAACGACGUCUAGUUCGUGACAACCCUGGCGUUUUAAGUGCUCUUGUGAAAGGAGCGAAUCUUGCCAUAAGUGAAUGCCAGCAUCAGUUCCGAAAUCGACGCUGGAAUUGUUCAACUAGGAACUUUUUACGUGGGAAAAAUUUAUUUGGAAAAAUUGUCGAUCGAGGUUGUCGUGAGACUGGCUUUAUUUAUGCCAUCACCAGUGCCGCUGUCACACAUUCGAUUGCUCGAGCCUGCAGUGAAGGCUCCAUUGAAUCGUGCACCUGUGAUUAUAGCCAUCAGUCGCGAUCGCCGCAAACAAGCCACCAAGCUGGUAGCGUAGCGGGUGUUCGCGACUGGGAAUGGGGAGGAUGCUCGGACAAUAUCGGAUUUGGCUUUAAAUUCUCACGUGAUUUUGUGGACACUGGAGAACGGGGACGCAAUCUGAGAGAAAAAAUGAAUUUGCAUAAUAAUGAAGCUGGUCGCAAUCACGUUCAAUCAGAAAUGCGACAGGAGUGUAAGUGUCAUGGUAUGUCUGGUUCCUGCACUGUUAAAACUUGUUGGAUGCGUCUCUCGAAUUUCCGGGUAAUUGGUGAUAACUUAAAGGAUCGUUUUGAUGGCGCUUCCCGUGUUAUGAUGACUAACAGUUUGCGGCAAAAUCGAAAUUCUCUACAAAGUAGUUCAGCAAACACAAAUACCAUUGGAAUAUCUGGUCCUGCCAUAAGUCCUAAUGCAGCCAGCCCGAAUGCUUUUAGUGCUGAUCGCAUGUUAAACGAUCACACUCCUGAUCAUAUAUUAAAAACUUAUUCAAGCAAACCUCCAUCGAAUACCAUAAAUAGCUCAAAUAGUUUGCCCCGAAGUUUGGUCAGAAACCGUGUUCGUCAGAGGAAAAAGAACAACAGAUACAAUUUUCAAUUGAAACCACAGAAUCCCGAACACAAAGCACCUGGUCCUAAAGACAUUGUUUACCUAGAACAAUCACCAAGUUUUUGCGAGAAAAAUCUUCGCUUAGGUAUUCAAGGAACUCAUGGACGUCAAUGCAAUGAUACAUCGAUCGGAGUUGAUGGUUGUGAUUUGAUGUGCUGUGGUCGUGGCUAUCGUACACAAGUCAUUGAUGUCAUCGAACGCUGUGCAUGCACAUUUCACUGGUGUUGUGAAGUCAAGUGUAAAACAUGCAGAAUGAAGAAGACAAUACAUACAUGUUUAUAAGUAAUGACGUGAACUUUUCAAAUCACCGCCCGAUACCCAUUCAAAGCUGCCUAUGCCUGAAUAUUUUCUAAAGCAAAAUUCAAAC